AUGACAAUCAAAUUCACCGUAUACAGGGGCUCCAAGGAUGGAAUCAAACAGGCGGAGACUGAGCUGGAGGACCUCAAACGAGACGAAGUCUUAGUACGAACCACGCAUUCGGGGGUGUGCGGCACCGAUGCUCACUACCAGUCAGCCGACAUGGCCCUUGGCCAUGAGGGAACGGGUGUGGUGGAAGCAACUGGCCCAGACGCGAAGACUUUGACGAAAGGCGACCGCGUGGGUUGGGGUUAUGAGCAUGACUGCUGUGGUUCUUGCAAGCAAUGCCUCACCGGGUGGGAGACAUUGUGCAGCAAGCGAAAAAUGUACGGUCUAGCCGAUCUCGAUCAAGGGUCUUUCGGUACCCACGCGGUGUGGCGUGAAGCCUUUUUGUUCAAGGUUCCCGACAACAUGAGCAACGAAGAUGCGGGACCAUUGAUGUGUGGGGGAUCGACUGUUUUCAACGCCCUCCAUGUCGCGCAGGUUCGUCCAACCGCUCGCGUUGGUAUCGUUGGAGUAGGCGGCCUGGGACAUCUGGCUAUUCAAUUCGCUGCAAAGAUGGGCUGUCAAGUCGUGGUCUUCUCCGGCACAGACAGCAAGAAGGAAGAGGCGAUCAAGCUGGGAGCCGGCGAAUUCUAUGCGACUAAGGGUGUGAAGGAGUUGAAGGUCAAAGCUCCUAUCGACAACCUCAUUGUGACGACUAGCAGUCAGCCAGAUUGGUCAAUGUACUUGAGUAUCAUGGCUCCCAGUGGUGUCAUUUCUCCUCUGUCCGUCGACUCAAACGAUCUCAAAAUCCCAUAUAUGCCGCUGCUCGUGAAUGGCCUUCGGAUCCAAGGAGGUAUCGUGGCUUCAAGACAGGUCCACAGGGAUAUGCUUGAAUUUGCCUCAUUCCACAACAUCAAACCUGUCAAGAUGACCUUCCCCUUGACGUUGGAUGGUAUCAAACAAAGCCUGAAGACAUUGGAAGAAGGAAAAAUGCGUUAUCGCGGCGUUUUGGUGGCACCAUAG